UAAAUUAGAGACAGAGAUUAGAGACAUAGAUAGAGAUUUUACACUUGUAAUAUAUCAUAGAUAGAGAUUAGAGACAAAGAUAGGGAUUAGAGAUUAGAAAUAAUUUAAUUUUAGUUUGAAUAUUAAAAAAAAUGUCUUGAUUUCAAUCAAAAAUCCAGUCAAACCGGACGGCAAAGACACCUACUUGGCCUACUUUUACACCGGGAGAAGUCAUAGUUAGUAAGUGAAGCUUCUGGAAGUGUAGUAGGUAGGGCAAAGCUACGAACGUCCUCAAUCUCACCCCCAAAAUUCAGACCAAUAUCCUGUGACGGAAGAAGAGAAAAGCAUGGCUUGGAUGACACGAUUCUUAGGUGCAGUAGCGUUCUUAGCAAUUGGAGUGCUAUUUUCUCCAGAAACAUUCGGAUCAAAAUCAGACGGUCAACAUCCUCCUAAGCUCGCCACUUUUCUCAAAUUGGCUCAUAUCCUAUGCUUUUCUACUGCCUUUGGUGCUGCUCUAUGGGUCACUUUCAUCGGCGGUAUCAUCAUGUUCAAGAAUUUGCCAAGACAUCAGUUUGGGAAUCUGCAGAGUAAAAUGUUUCCUGCCUACUUUUCCAUGGUGGGGGUAUGUUGUGCUGUGUCAGUGGGUUCUUUUGGGUACUUGCAUCCUUGGAAGUCUGCGUCUGCUUCUGAGAAGUACCAACUUGGGUUCAUUCUAGCUGCAUUUGCUUUCAACCUCAGCAAUCUCUUUAUCUUUACUCCUAUGACCAUUCAGAUGAUGAAGCAAAGGCAUAAGAUAGAAAGAGAGGCCAACAUUGGGGAGGAAGUUGGAUGGACGAAGAACCAGGAAGUUGCAAAGGUUAAUCCAAAGCUUGCAGCGAUGAACAAGAAAUUUGGGAUGAUUCAUGGCCUAUCUUCCCUUGCUAACAUUUUCUCCUUCGGUUGCCUCGCAAUGCAUUCCUGGUACCUGGCAGGAAAAUUGGAUCUGUAAGUUAUUUUUAGAGAAUGCCUCCUGUCAGAGAUGCUAAAAUUGCUUAAUGAAUUGUAAUGUCUGCUACUUUGAACCAUUACUCUAUUGGCUUCUGUUUUGUGUUAAAUGUAACUCGACAACAAGAAGGAAUAAAAUAUACACGUUAGCCGCUUGAA